CUUUCUGUAUUUAUCUUAUUCCACAAGCAUAUACGAUGAAGAUUUAACAUUUUCCAUGUUUGUGUUGGUUAACGUUGUUUCCAACGGCUAGGGAGUAACUGCUCCAACGGUAGAUGAUGAGAACGCUAUCUACCCAAUUUCGCUCCGUCAAACGCCCAAAUCCAAACCCUAAAUUAUCCAAAUCGUCGUCUCCUGCAAAAUCAGAAAACGCCAAACCAAAAUCAGAGCCAUGGUGCGUUUAUCUCAUCCUCUCCACCAACCAUCCAAUCAAAACCUACGUUGGGGUCACAAACAAUUUCCCUCGCCGUUUGAAGCAGCAUAACGGUGAACUUAAAGGUGGUGCAAAGGCAUCCCGUGCUGGAAGGCCUUGGAUUUGUGCAUGCAUCGUUUGUGGUUUUACAGACCGAAGUGAUGCUUGUGUAUUUGAAUCAAAAUGGAAAGCUUUCUCAAGGAGAGCUCCCCGCAAAAAUAAAAAUGACGAUCUCUCCAUGCAAAGUGAAGAUCCAUCAUUACCACUACUGCGACACAGACAAGCAGCUUUGAGUAGAGUGAAAGGUUCACUUGACUGCACUAACUUACAAAUUAUUUGGCAUUUGGAUCCAUUGUGAUCCAACUGCCACAAUGUAUGUGUUUUACUUAAGUAAUUGUAACAAGUUCAAAUGGCAAAACAUAGGCCAUAUAUUUAAGAGAAGUGCUAGCAAUACAGUAAUUAACACAAUAUUUUUAAAAACAGUUUCUGUUAUUGGUUAAAAUUUAUUAAAAAUUAUAAAACCAUUGGUGUAUUGCUAACCUUUCUCUGUAUAAACUAGCCAUUUGUACCAUAGACAUUGAUUGGUUCUUGUAUUACAGUCUCUGUAUAUAGCAUACGAGGGAUGAAAGGUCCCAUGUAAAAGCAACUCUUUGGUGUAGGGAGCAUGAAAUGAAACAAUAUUCAUUUAGCAAAAAAGUAAUAUUUUACGAUGAUGCAGGGAUAAUAUUGUACCCUAGG